CUGCCCGCUCUUGUGGUCCUACUGAAGAAUCACAACCUAUCAGCACAAGAUAAAGGCCUAUAGUGUGAAAAGAAAGGCACCUCGCCUGCCCACAGCUUCCUCACCCUUGCAUCACAAGUUGCACUAUUAAUCAACAGUCUGGGAGGUUGUCAUGGACUAUCCCAGCCCUUCUAUAUGUUACUCACACUGUUUCAUUUCCCCUUUGCUGUCAUCCCUCAGCAUCACUUUUUCCCCACCCAUUCAGUUUCACAAAUUCUCCAAGUGAAUUUGCACCACCUGCAUGCCAUCCUGGCCACUCGGCUACAGAAUCCUCCCUAAAAAACUUGCCAGGAUAUUUGCUGACAAAAAGCAGCCCAGCCCUUGGCAAUGGCUAGAACAUGGUGUGCUGAGAACAACCCCAGCAUUUCUGCUUCCUCAUCCACUCCUUUUCAGAGCAUCCUUCUUCAGAUGUGCAGUCACACAAGGCUUUCUGUCCGGACUUCUGUGCACCCCCUGGUGAGGCAGGCAGUGCUUACGUGCCAUGAGAAUACAUGCAUCCAAGGGAAAAUGAGAAACAACUCCAUGAAUACUAGGAGAAAUCCCUGCAAAAGGGGAAGAGUGAGCAAUCUUUUUUUUUUUAAAUACCAACUCAAAAUGAACAUUUAAAAUCAUCAUUGAAAACUGAUGAUCUCUUUUUCAUUUCUGAUAGCACGAAAAGGAAGAGGCACUGACAGCAGUAGCUCAGGAUAUAGGUUAAAGCAGCUAACGCUCUUGUAGAAAGAAGUCACACAAAGCUCUGCAGGACCUGAAUUUCCUCCUCUGUUAAUGGAAACUGCUCUGAAUGGGUGACUCAUGGAGAUGUGAGCCCCACAAAGCAAACUAUUUACAUCCUCAAAUGAGCUUUGUGACAGAUCACCUCCAUAGCGCAUAUUGUGUAGACAGAGUGGGGGUGUGUUGCUGUAAUGGAAGUAUGUGAUGAAACAAAAAGCAGCAGCACUUCGUGGAUACUAACCUCCAGACUGGCUGUUUCUCUGCACGCAGCUCACUUCAUAGCCUUCAAAGAAUACACAGGAUUCAAGAAUUCUACAAGUCAAGGGGAGCAAGUCAACAAGCAGUGCUAGAGAGUGCCCAAAGGUGAGUUGGGAAGAGACAGUAUUACAUUAUAGGGAAAUUUUACCUUAGAAACAUUCUUCUUGCUACAUGAUCUGAAAACUAAAUGUACUUUGUAUCAUCUGUUUUGCUUAUAACAUGUUUACUUGUUGGGGUUUUUUUUGUUUGUUUCUGAAGAAAGAACGGACCAUCCUUUGGCAUAUUUUCUUGUUUAGAAAUCUAUACAUCAAGCUAGACUGAAAUGUCUUUUAAUCAUCACUAGACCUGUACCAAAUAAAACUUUGGGUAAGAAGCUGAAAUUUUACUUUCUUAUUUUAUUUCCCUAGACCUAGAAUUUCCUUUGACACACUAUUAUUUAAAACAAAAAAACACUGAAGGAAAAAAGUCUAAUGAAAUCUUCUAGAAAGGCAAUGCAGCAAAGAACUUUCUCAAUACUGAUAACUUUUCAGGAAUUCCUUAACCAACUUGUCAUCCCUUUGGCUGUCAGCAGUCGGUUCCCUCCCAGCAUUAAAAGGACUGGCAGUGCUUCAUGCAAGAACGGGGACCCUGCAGGAGAGCAGCACGCUGCGGGCUCAGGACACCAUUUUGUUCAGUGCAGUGCUUCUGCACAGCUUCAUCUCAUCAGUGUAACCCCUCAUCUGUUGUAACCCCACCUGAAUCUGUGGGCUCGGGUGCCCAGUGCCACUACCAGCAAAAUCCCAUGCCCUGCUGCUGCAGGAGAGUUGAGCUGAACAGGCGCUGAACAACCUGCUGCAUCAUUAGGGAUGCUUCUCCAUUCCAGCCACUCAGAUCCCCAAGUGCUUCCCAACCUCAGGCUUUCCUGCCCUGUUGUAUUUGGAUAAGGGAUUUUCUUUGUUUUCCCUCAGUUUCUCACAUACAGCAGCAGAGCUGCGCUGCUGUCAGGGCUGCUGCCCCACUGCUGAGCCGUGCCCCCAUGUCCUUUAUGGUGCUCUGCAGCAAAGGAGGCUACUGAGCACACAGCCAGCAGCACUGCCAGAUGUGGGGACACACAUACCUGAGUGGGCAGUAUGAAUAAAGCCUGCACCUGACCCAGCAGAGGGAUGCUUUUUGGCACCUACAGUCAUGCCACAGCUGUUCUCCUCAUCAGGCUGAGUUUCUGGGACUGUUUUUCUCAUUUCUGCAAUGUAACCAAGAGCUUACAGAACUGUUUACCCGGCAUCAGCAUGUCCUUACAGAGCAGACUACCAACCUGCUCUUCCUUUCUAAUAAUUGCUAGUUUUUAUGCAAGAAUUCUUUUUCCACUGUGCUGAUCUUCUCAAACUACAGGGCAAGAGAGCUUACCUCUGAAACACCAGGGAAGCGGCUUGGUCUGCAGAACAGGAACAUACACUGACCACCUGAUGACAGGCUGCCAAAUCCAAAAUGAAACAGCAUCGGUGCCAGUAACUCAUGGAGAAGAAACCACUGCACAUUUGCUACACUUUGCAGCAGACAGCAGUUUACCAGCUGUGUAUACUUGGAGACAUGAAUGACACCUGUACCAACAGCAGUAUCAACCCCAGAGUAGAACUGUUCCAGCUGAUCAUGUACACUCCCACAUUUAUCCUGGGAUUGCUGUUCAAUGUGAUGGCCCUCUCGUUCCUGUUUUUUCCAGCUAAAAAGCUGUCAGAAUCUGCAGUCUACCUUAUAGCCCUUAUUUUUCUGGAUACUUUGCUGCUGUUCACUCUUCCUUUUAAAAUUGUUUCCUAUCACCUUCAGAACAAGUGGAAAUUCGGGUCUAUGUUUUGUUCCAUCUUGGAGAGUCUUUACUUUAUAAAUAUGUAUGGCAGCAUCCUCAUCUCCCUCUGCAUCUGCGUAGACCGCUACAUCGCAAUCCAGCACCCUUUCAUGGCUCCUGCCCUGCGCUCCACCAAGAAAGCUGCUCUGGUCUGUGCUGUCAUCUGCCUGGGCAUCUCGGCUGGGACCGUGUCUACUUCCCAGUUUCAUGAGGAGACCUACAACAUCUCAUCCUGCUUCCACAACUUCUCCAAAAGCACAUGGGAAAACACAGGCCUGAUAAUCUCCCUGGAAAUGAUCUUCUUCGGCAGCAUGGUGGCCAUGGCCUUCUGUACCAUUCAGAUCAUCAGGUGUCUGAGAAACCACAGAAUAUCAGAGAACCUCCAGACACACAUGACCAGAGCAGAGAAGGUAGUAGUGACAAACUUUGUCACGUUUUUGGUCUGUUUCACACCUUACCAUGUGACGUUCUUCCUGUACUUUUUGGAGAGAAAUAGCAUCAUGCACGUCCCUUGUCACACUGUGCUACGGGACAUCCUUCAGGUCACUCUUUGCUGGGCUAAUCUGAACUGCUGUCUGGAUGCGGUCUGUUACUAUUUUGUUUUAAAGGAGUCUGCAGAAGCUUCGUUACAAAACAAAGUGAGAAAUCAUCAAGAAGAAAGCUUUGACCCACACACUGAACGUUAGUUGCUUCGCCCGACAAGUGGAGAUGCUGUCAUGAAAGGUGCAGGACCCUGAACUACUUUCUAAAACCAUUUACUUUAAAUACUCAGAUGUGAAAAUAUUUCAUAAAAAGAACAGAAAUAAGCCCAUUCUCAGGGCUCCUAGCUUAUUUGCUUCCCUUCCACAAUGCUUUGUGUUGUCAUUUAUGGAUGAAAAGAACUGAAAUAAUUUUUUGUAAAUAGCGAUGCAUAUCUCAUUGGAUGCGAUUCCCUUUUACUUUGGGGAAAAAAAAAAAAAAGUA